AUGAGUACCCUCCAGACGGCUGGCUAUGACAUAGCCCUCAUCCAAUUGACUUCGAGGUUGACUUUCGGUCCGACCAUCCAGCCGAUUUGCUACCCCACGAGCGACUCCCUCUCGGGAUACAAAGGCAUCUCCUCAUGCAGUCAAACGGCGUACGGCUGGGGGGCGACCGACUCGGCCGCCACGCAAUAUCCCAACAUCUUGCAAAAGCUGGGCUUCACUGUGGUCACGAAUUCAUCAUAUUGUGACAGCUUCACGGACGGGAGAAUCAUCUGUGCCCAAGGAAUCAGCCCUGGCAGCGACGCCUGCCGCGACUGA